GAUGAUGAAUACAUCAGGGGGGAAAUAACUCUCUCCAUGUUAGAAGGUAGGAUAUGCACGAAAGGAAGGUUAAAUUGCAAAUGAGGUACAAUGCAGUGCUGUUGGGACCAAUUGAAGAGAUUUACAUUACUGAUGAUGAGGAUGUAGGUGUCUAUAUAUCUUCAGGUGAAAAUAACCGUAGAUAUGUUUUGAAUGUGGACGUCAUCACUCCACCAGAAUUCCCCGAGCAACUGUCGAGAGUGGAGCUCCUCAAUAAAAGUUAUGUUGGUAAGAACUAUGCGGAAUUGGAUUCAAAUGAGGAUGAAAUAAGAGAUAGUGCUGCCAUCGUUUUGUGCGAAUGCGAGGAACAAGGAACAGAACCAAAUGAGGCAAUAAUGGAGGUUGAUGAUACUCAAGAUCUUGAGAUUGGAUCACGUGAUGAAUCUAUGGAUAGAUGUGAUGAUAGGGGUGAUGAAUACGUUGAGCCACCGCCCGUUGUAGAACCUGGUCAGUUUAAAAAAGAAUGGGAAGACGGUAUUGGACUGAUUUUACGACAAAAAUUUCCAAGCAGGGCGGCAUUGCAGGAAGUGGUGGACAAAGGUGCAUUUGCUAACAGUUUUGGUUAUGUUAUUAAAAAGUCUGAUAAGGAGCGGUAUGUCCUAAGGUGUUCUAAAGAAAGUUGUGCUUGGCUUAUACGAGCUUCAAAUAUUCGGAAUACAAGUAUUUACUCGAUUAGAAAGUACAACAAGAUGCAUACUUGUACCCGGAUAAGUAAGAGUAGUACAAGGAUGAGGAAGAGGAAAGGUACCCCUGAAUUAGUAGCAGCUCUUCUUCAUGAUACUUUUCCAGGACAAAUGGAAACUCCAGUUCCUAAGGUUAUCAUGGAGCUUGUUCAGAUGAAAUUAGGUGUGAAGAUAUCGUACUCCACCGCAUUGAGAGGGAAAAGGCAAGCCAUUUGUGAUUUAAAAGUUGUACCCGAUACUCCAGAAUUGGUAUUUAUGAGUGACAGAAAUUCAUCCCUCAUCAAAGGCAUACGUAAUGUGUAUUCUGCGGCUCAUCACGGGUAUUGUAUUUGGCAUUUAUCCCAAAAUGUGAAAGGUCAUGCCUCUAACGUCAACAGAGACGUAGUCACAUGGAAAUUCAUGGAGUUAAGUCGGGUUUACACCAUGGCUGAAUUUGAGAGGGAGUACAAAAUUUUUAAGCUAAGAUAUCCUUCUGCGGCCAAUUAUUUGGAGGAUACAACCGUGAAAGAAAAAUGGGCUAGUUGUUGUUUCAGAGGAGAGCGAUACAAUUUGGACACAAGCAACUGUGUGGAAUCUUUGAAUUCUGUUUUCCUCAAUCCAAGGAAGUAUUCUUUAAUACCCAUGCUUGAUGCGAUCAUGUCCAAGAUUUCUGUUUGGUUUAAUGAACAUCGGAAAGAAGCCGCGUCAGGAUCUAAUGAUAAUAAGUUGGUGCCUUUAGUGGAGAACUACUUGCACGAUUUAUGGAUUGACGCUGAGAAACUAAAAGUGACAGAGCUAAACACAUUCCAGCUUGAACACAAUGUCAGGGGUAGUGAAGGGAGAGAAUAUUUGGUCAACUUGCUCUUGAAAACUUGUAGUUGCAAGGUGUUCGAUAUCCAAAAGUAUCCUUGUGUACAUGCACUAGCCGCUUUCAUUGCCUUCGAGAGCGAUGCAACAAGAACUCGAAACCCAUGGUAUGAUGGGAUGAAGAACGCUAAGAGGAUUUAUGAUCAAUUAGAAGAAGUCGGAAUGAUGGAAGGAAUUCCGAAGAGAUGUCCUUGUGGUGGACGCAUCCUCGACAAGAUCUCUGAGAACGAUGGUGACAAAGGGAAAAGAUACUAUCAAUGCAACGUGUAUAAGAAUGAUGGGUUACACAUUCGGAAACUUUGGGAUAAAGCUAUGGUAGAAGAGGUCACUAGGUUAAGGGAGGAGGUUGAUAACCAUCACAAAAAGAUUCAAAGCUUGGAGUACUAUCAAGAAGAAAUGCAUUCGGAGUUGAAAGGAAAUGGUAAGGAGAUCCAAAAACUGAAGGAGUUAGUCGCUCAUCUAGCGGAGACAUUGUUGUGAUUGAGGAAUUAAUGGGUUUGUGUAAG